AUGGCGCUUUCCAUCUUCAUUCUUCGGCUGAUUCUCUACAUCCUGGCACUCCCCAUGUACCUCCUGAACUUUCUGGGUGUGUGGAGUUGGAUAUGCAAAAAAUACUUUCCCCACUUCUUGGUAAGGUUCACAGUGACGUAUAAUGAGCGCAUGGCGAGCAAGAAGCAGGAACUUUUCAGCAACCUGCAGGAGUUUGCAGGCCCCUCCGGGAAGCUCUCCCUGCUGGAGGUGGGCUGUGGCACCGGGGCCAAUUUCAAGUUUUACCCACAUGGAUGCAGGGUGACCUGUAUUGACCCCAACCCCAACUUUGAGAAGUUCUUGAUCAAGAGCAUCGCGGAGAACCGGCACCUGCAGUUCGAGCGCUUCGUGGUGGCUGCCGGGGAGAACAUGCACCAGGUGGCCGACAACUCCGUGGACGUGGUGGUCUGCACCUUGGUGCUGUGCUCGGUGCAGAACCAGGAGAAGAUCCUCCGGGAGGUAUACCGAGUGCUGCGGCCGGGAGGAGCUUUUUAUUUCAUGGAACAUGUGGCAGCCAAGCCUUCGACCUGGAACUACUUCUGGCAACAGGUCCUGAAUCCUGUCUGGUUCCUUCUGUUUGAUGGGUGCAGUCUGACCAGGGAAAGCUGGAAGCCGCUGGAGCGGGCCAACUUUUCUAAGCUGAAGCUGCAACACAUACACGCCCCGCUGACCUGGGAGCUGGUGCGGCCGCACAUCUUCGGAUAUGCUGUGAAGUAG